GAAUAUAUUAUUUUUCUACCUUUUAAGAUUAAGUUUUAAAAAUAAUUUUUGUUAUACAAUUUUAUUCGAGUAUUAUGUAAGUUAACGUACGAUAUUAGUGGUAUUUUUUACAGGACUCUUCGUGCAAAAAAGUUUUAAGUUUUUUGGCAACCGUUUGUGCAAACGUACCCAAAGGAUUACUUACUUACUCUGUCUAUAUUAUAUUUAUUGAUGUUAUUCCCAACUUGAAGAAAUGUGUUUAAGAGUAAUACUUAUUCUGUUAUUUUAUUAUACUAGGUACUCGACUAUAAAAUCAUUAAUUUAAUACAUUUUAUUAAAAACUUUAAGGGAAACUAUGUAGAAUUUUCCAAGCGUAUUAAAACAAUUAUUACUAUGAUUGUUUAAAUUCAAAGUUGUUGUUAGGAAAUAUUAAUUUGUUUGUACAAAAUUCUGUACAUUAUUUAAUAAUAAUUAUAAUUAUAUUAUUCUUAUAAAUGUGAUGUAUAGUUUAGCCUGUUUUGUUACUUAAUUAAAAAUUACUAUUCCGUAUGCUGAUAAUGUAACAGCCUAGUAAUUUAGUCAUAUCUUAUGUUAACAGGUCUGCAUAAUGUGUGAACAUUAUUAGAGUAUAAAAAAAAAUAUUUGGAUGCAUUGUUUUCACUUCACUUUAAGAAAACAUGGCUUCUCAGAUUGAGGAGUUUCUUGCUAAAAAGAAAGAACAGACCACAUUACUAGACUUACACAACUGUACAGCCAAUUCAAAAGAAGAAUUAAGAAAGCUAGUCGAAAAAGUGCCUGAAUUCAAGAUAAAACCAGAAAAAAAACCUGAUGAUAUGAAAAUAAAGGAAAAAAAAUUCAAAUUUAAACUAUCAAAAAAAGAGAUAAAAAAACCAUUCCCGUUUGCUGAGCCAACGCCCUCAGAAAUGAAAGGAGUUUCUUUAGAUGAAUUGUACUCAGUGAAUAUCCAAUGGAAAAUGCUUACUUCUCUUCGCCCAAAAUCAAAAAUCGACGAAGAAUAUUUUUCAAGGCAAGUUGAAUUGGGCACGGCUACUCUUAAAACGAGAAAUAUGGAGAAAAGAACACCGUUCGAGAGUUUUUUACGGAAGAAGAAAAAUGCUUCAGGAGGAGUAGAAGCAAAAUUUUUAUCGUGUAAAGAGUGUGGGAUUGAAUUUUGCACGGGAGAUAGCUGCAAAAUAUUUGAUUACGAUUCUUUUAAACGAAUUGCAAUCUCAACUGUUCAAACAACUAACGAACAAACGCAAGAGCAAACAUCGCAAGAAAACAAAUCUACGAAAAAAAAAAAGUUGAACAAAGGAUCCAAAAUAAAAUUACGUGUUAAUGACACACGUUCUACCAUUAUUAAAAAUGUUCCAACAAAAAAUGUCGAAAAAAUUAUAAGUGUAAAAACUAACCAGUUACUUCUAAGAAGAGAUCUACGUAAUUAUGAUUAA